AUGUCUGGUCGCGGCAAAGGCGGCAAAGGUUUGGGUAAGGGAGGCGCCAAGCGCCACCGGAAAGUGCUGCGGGAUAACAUCCAAGGCAUCACUAAGCCGGCUAUUCGGCGCCUUGCUAGGCGUGGUGGGGUUAAACGGAUCUCCGGUUUGAUUUACGAGGAGACCCGAGGUGUUCUCAAGGUUUUUCUGGAGAACGUGAUCCGGGACGCCGUGACCUAUACGGAGCACGCCAAGCGCAAGACUGUCACUGCUAUGGAUGUGGUUUACGCGCUCAAGCGCCAAGGACGCACUCUAUACGGUUUCGGCGGUUAAUAUUUUAGUCAGUUUUCCGUCCAAUGGCCCUUUUCAGGGCCGCCCACUUCCUCUCAGAAAGAGCUGUGAUCGUAUUGUUUCGGAAAAUCUCAGCUUUACUCAAUCACUUCGCCUAGUAUG